CUAAAUCCUUGCUGUUGUAGAAUCCUAUCCACUGUUGUCUAUAAAGAUUCUGGCAAAUCAUUCGCUUCCCGCUCCCGGCUCGUGAGGAAGGAACAAAGAAAGAAAGAGAGGGAGCGCCUCUUUCUCACGCAACCUUCCUUACAUUUCCGGUCACUGCUGAAUUUUCCCCAUUCCGGCUAAUCUUUCAAGUCUUCCUCUAAGUUCUGUUCUCAAUCAGAAACUGAAAAUUAGAAUGGCAGUUGGUACGGAAGCGAUAGGUGGAGAUAAUGGGGUCAGGAGGAGAGGUUGUUCGUGCACAAAGAGCGAUUUUCUCCCUGAGGAGUCGUUCCAAAGCAUGGGCAACUACUUCCAGGCACUUCGUGAGACUCCUAUGCGGUUCAAGGACAGGCUCCUUGCCAGAUCCAUGGACUCCACCGAGAUCAAUGAGGUCAAGGCCCGGAGCGAGCAUGAGAUGAAGAAGAACCUAAAUUGGUGGGACCUCAUCUGGUUCGGCAUCGGCGCUGUUAUUGGCGCUGGAAUAUUUGUCCUCACCGGACUCGAGGCAAAGGUGGACGCCGGUCCUGCCGUUGUCUUGUCAUACGUGGUUUCAGGGAUUUCCGCCAUGCUCUCCGUCUUCUGUUACACCGAGUUCGCCGUGGAAAUUCCGGUUGCAGGCGGUUCAUUUGCUUACCUAAGAGUAGAGCUUGGUGACUUCGUGGCCUUCAUUGGCGCUGGCAACAUCCUCCUUGAGUAUGUGAUUGGUGGUGCUGCUGUAUCCCGCUCAUGGACAUCUUACUUCGCCACCCUCUGCAACCACAAACCUGAUGAUUUUCGAAUCAUAGCCCAUAGUCUUCCUGAUGAUUAUGGCCACCUUGAUCCCAUUGCCGUUGUUGUUGUUUCCAUCAUUUGUGUCCUCGCUGUCCUUAGCACCAAGGGAUCGUCACGCUUCAAUUACAUUGCCUCCAUUGUCCACAUUGUGGUGAUUCUAUUCAUCAUUAUUGGCGGCCUUAUCAAUGCAGACACCAAAAAUUACUCCGACUUUGUUCCCUACGGUCCUCGGGGAAUUUUUAAAGCUUCAGCUGUGCUUUUCUUUGCAUAUGUUGGAUUCGAUGCUGUUUCCACAAUGGCUGAAGAAACCAAAAAUCCUGCUCGAGAUAUUCCUAUUGGGCUUGUGGGCUCAAUGACAAUAACUACAUUGCUCUAUUGUUUGCUAGCCGUGACAUUGUGUCUCAUGGUUCCAUACCAGCAAAUCGAUCCAGAUGCCCCAUUUUCUGUAGCAUUUCAGGUUGUAGGUUGGGAUUGGGCUAAAUACGUUGUGGCUGCAGGCGCAUUGAAAGGCAUGACCACUGUUUUGCUUGUUUCAGCAGUAGGUCAGGCCCGUUAUCUCACACACAUUGCUCGUACUCACAUGAUGCCACCUUGGCUAGCACAGGUCAAUGCAAAGACUGGGACUCCGGUAAAUGCAACCAUUGUCAUGCUUGCUGCUACUGCUAUAAUUGCCUUUUUUACAAAUCUUUCGAUUCUGUCCAAUCUUCUUUCCAUCUCCACUUUGUUUAUCUUCAUGCUUGUGGCGUUGGCACUUCUUGUACGCCGCUACUAUGUCAGUGGUAUGACAACAUCUGCAGAUCGUACAAAGCUCAUUGUGUGCAUUUUGGUGAUUCUUGGUUCCUCAGUGGCCACUGCUGCUAUUUGGGGUGCGGGUGGAGGUGGUUGGAUUGGUUAUGUGAUUACCCUGCCAAUAUGGUUCUUCGCUACUUUGGCACUCAAUGUUUUUGUUCCACAAGCAAGGCCUCCAAAAUUGUGGGGUGUUCCAUUAGUGCCGUGGUUACCAUCUGCUUCAAUUCUUAUCAACAUUUUUCUUUUGGGAUCGAUUGAUAGGGCAUCAUUUGUAAGGUUCGGUGUUUGGACAGUUAUUUUGCUGAUCUACUACUUCCUAUUUGGCUUACAUGCCUCCUAUGACACGGCCAAGGAGUCAAGGGAGAAUAGAGCUGAGGACGGCUGGAAAGGAAUGGAAGAAGGUGCAUAGUUUGGCUGAUAUGUACAGCAAUAUUUCUAUAAAUAGUAGUUCCUUACUGAUAUUAUGAAUCAUUAUGUUUAGACUUUAUCAGGGGUUUCUCUUGUCAAUUACUAAUGUUUGUGUAUUUUCUUUUUAUAACUAAAUUAAUUAUUUAAGUACGUUUGUCAACUAUAAAUUGAAUCUAGGGUUCGCUGGAUUGUCACCUCCAGGUGCCCAUAGUGAAUUUUCCUA